AAGGAAUCACUGCAGAUCUUUUUAAAAGCCAGCCCAUGUGAUUCACAUAUUCCAUAAUUUAAUCUAUAUUUAAACUAUUUACGUGAUAAGAUGCAAAUACGGUGAUACAGAGGGAAGAUGAGGGAGGACCUAUAGAUGGAUAGAGCAGUGAUGGCUAAAAUUCGAUUGAUUGUAUCUGAUUUUUUGUUAGCAUUCAUGUGGGUAUCGUCUGGAGCUUUGAAUAAGCUCUUCGUGAAUAGGGUCUUGGGAUGGGGCCAUGAGCCAAGAGGUGAAAUCAUGAAGGCGACGCUUUCAAUCAUCAACAUGUUCUUCUUCGCCUUCUUGGGGAAGAUUAGCAAGGGUGGGGCAUACAAUCCUCUCACUGUGUUGGCUGGGGCUAUUUCUGGGGAUUUCAGUCGUUUUCUCUUCACUGUCGGUGCAAGGAUUCCUGCUCAGGUAAUUGGAUCUAUCACUGGGGUUAGGCUCCUCAUUAACACCUUUCCUGAAGUGGGAUUUGGGCCACGUUUGACUGUUGACAUCCAUCAUGGUGCACUGACAGAAGGGUUUCUGACAUUUGCAAUUGUUAUGAUCUCACUUGGGCUCUCGAGAAACAUCCCUGGGAGCUUCUUCAUGAAAACUUGGAUCUCAAGUGUGUCCAAGCUAGCUCUUCAUAUACUUGGCUCUGAUCUAACUGGUGGAUGCAUGAACCCAGCUGCUGUAAUGGGAUGGGCUUAUGCUCGCGGGGAUCAUAUAACCAAGGAGCAUAUACUUGUUUACUGGCUUGCCCCAAUGGAGGCAACUCUACUGGCAGUCUGGACAUUCCGGUUGCUGGUUCAGCCACACAAGGAGGAGAAAGAAAAAAUGAAGGCUAAAUCAGAGUAACAGCCCUUCAUUUGUUCUGUUUUUAGCUUUUGUUGGCUAAUCUCACCUCUAAGCAUUAGGGAACGUAAAUAUAACUAAACCCAUCUGUAAGUAUUGAUCAUGUAUCUACUGUGUUCAAUCUGUUCCUUUUUCUCUUGUCAAUGUUCAUUUGUCAAGGUUGAGUAGGUCUUGGUUGAGCUGUGCAGUUGGUUUUUAGGAACAUUUAGAUGGUUAUGCUUUUAGACUCUGGUUACCUCCUUCGUUAUCUGUAUUAGAAAAAUUAGAAAGACAAUAGGAUUGUUUGAAUUAUGCAAUGUCUAAAGUUCAUUAUCAUC